AUGAGCCUGGGCAAUUCCGGAGGCGACUCAGACGUGGCUGAUGAAGCUGAAACGCUAAAUGGACAUGCCAAUGAAAAUGGGCACCAUGAUGUGAAGGACGAUCACAGUUCUUCUGGACGCGCUUCUGCAAGUCAAAUGUCUGAGGGGCAACCUUCACAUUCAUCAGAACCAAUGGAGGAAGACAUUGUCAAGUCUGAACCCGCCGAUGAGCAAAUGGACACUGAUGAGCCAAACACAGCUACGCCAGCGAGGCCGGAAAUCUUAUCCGCAUUGGCCAAGGAUGAGGAAGAUCCAUGGCCUAAUGUUAUAUAUGCCGACGAUGUGCAAGCUGGACCGAUGACUUGGAAAAAUUGGUUGGAACAAACCGAUACUCCGACCGUUCCCACGAUGACGAAAACACAACGGGAAAGGCUAGAAGCAUUAUCAUCGUUGAUGUGGAAUGACUUCUAUAAUAAUGGUGACCCAACGAGCCAUGAAGAGAAGGAAAUCCUCUAUCGCGGCUUUAAAAGGAGAGAAGCUGAGAUUAACUACAUCGAGGAACGGAUACGAACGCCUGAAAUCUGGGAGAAUGCGAAGAAAAAGCGGCGCUGGGUGAAGAUACUUUUUCGGCGCAUGAUGUCGAUGGGCCAUGUCACGUUAUUGGCGCAUGAUUGGUGUAGAGCACAUUCUGCAUACAAAUAUUGCUUCCGUCUCAGCAAAGAAGAAUUUGCUCGCCAUUCCGGUGCUUAUUUCGGGCUUGGAUUGGUCUACUUUCACUUCAAGAAGUUCAAAUUGGCAAUCGAAGCAUUCAACACCCAACUCUACUAUUUCCCGGAGUUGGACAUUGUCCCCGACAUCCACUGCCGGCUCGGUUCCUCUUUCAAGCACCUCGAGCAGUACGGGCUCGCGUUAAAGCACUACACGUGCGCCUUCUCGGACUGCAGGGAUUCGUGGUUUCAUACGAAAACCCAGCUCCGGAUCUGCAUCGCCCUCUGCCAUUCCCUUAGCGGGGAUCUUCAGAAGGCGUACGACGACUUGAAAAAGCUAGAAGAAGAACUUGGAGGAGCAACAGCAACCGGGCAGAGUACUCCUAGCCCAGCCGUAUCUGACCGAGCAACUGUUUUGCGGGAACUCGGUUGGGUGUGCUAUCAGUUUGAGCAUCAGGACCCGGGAGCAAGGACAGCGAAGCUUGAGGAGGCGGAAGGUUAUCUCAACAAAAGCAAGGAACUCGAGCCAAAUCACGGGAAAACCUACUACUACUUGGGGAGGUGUUUUGGCGAGAAUAAAGGACGGGCACACGACGCGUUCCUCCACUACCGCCAGGCCAUCGACAAAUCCGAAGGAGACGCCGAUACUUGGUGCUCCAUCGGGCUGCUUUACCAGGAUCAGAACCAGCCUAUGGAUGCUUUGCAAGCGUUCAUCUGCGCUGUCGAAUUGAACCCUGAGCACAGCCCGGCCUGGACGAACCUCGGCCAACUCUAUUUGAAGGAACAGCAAUUUCCGGACGCCUUGGAGUGUUUUAAACAAGCGCUGAAGCACAAUCCAGUCUGCCCGGCACCGCUGAAACAGCACAUAGCCAUCCUCGAGAGCGAGAUUAACAUCGCUGGCGCCCCGUCAGCCAAUCGGACAACACAACCCAAGACCCCGGGUGCUAUUGAGCUUCCUCCCUUGGAUCAGGCCCAUAAGCAGCCAAUCCCAAGCGAACUACGCACAAGACAGAACGACGCAAACUUGGCCAAACAGUUCCGAUAUCGCGAAGGCAGUCCUUUGUGGAAAAUGGCCGAACUAGGCGUAUGUCGGAAACGGCAUAUCAAAGAGGAAGAUGAUGAAGAAGGGGAAGAAGACGAUGAAAUGGACUUGCAACAAGUAGCCGUCUACAGUGUCCUCGAGCCCAACAAGAAAAUCCUCGAUGCUGGCCACAAGUCAAUCCAAAAGAAACUCGGGAAGAUGAGAAAACCCUCGUCGGAUCGAGAUUCUCUCUCGCCAAUGUCAAUGGCAGAUCUUUUGAAGCCGGAUGCGAGUUCCGCGAUGCAAUAUGUCGUCAGUGACCUUGCGUACAAAAAGCUGAAAGAAGAGCUGGAACUUGAAGCAAUAAAGGAGGAGGCCGCUGAGAAUCAACCUCCGAAAAAGCCUAAGCUUCACAAAUUGCCACACAAGUUCAGCCUGCUCGCACCGUUGAAUCUCGGACUCGACGUAACGGCAGAACAAGUAUUGACCAAGGCGGCAAAAAGGAUCGAUUGUCUGGACCAAUAUGAACCGAUUUUUGAGGAAGACGUCCCACCACCGGAGCCCCCAAAGGCGCCCAAGGUCGAUCCUGAAAAAUUGGAAAAGCUGAGCAAGAGACCGGAACUUGGCUACCAGAAUACACCCCUGAUCAACGUCGAGUCACGAGCAGAAGCCCAACUGACAGCAUUGCAACAAUACCUGCAAGCGCCCAAGUGCUGUGUAGCAAAUGUCCGUGGCUUGACUUCCGUCCUACGAAUGGAUCUUUCGCUGUUCUCGACAAAGACGUUGACAGAAAUGAUCCCGGAAGAGACGAUUGAGGUGCGUACCCAAUACCGCAUGGAUGGUGAUCGCAAUGUCAAUCAAGCCGGUCUGCCAACCUGGGAAUUCUACUCGGCCCCUGGCAAUUCGAAGGUCAUCGACUAUGCCCAAUAUCAAGCCCAAACCUUCAAACAUUGCUUGAAAGAAGAAGAAGAGAAGCUCCGAAAAUCUGGUGCGAAGUACGGACAGCAGGACAACGGAAAGAAAGCGAGCCAAAACCCGCAAAUCAAGUUCGGCACCAACAUCGACCUCUCCGAACCGAAGAAGUACCCGAGGCAAAUCAAGGAACUGCAGAAGCUGCCGGCGUUUUGUCGGCCCGGCGGAGCAUCGGAUAUGCUCUCCCAUCUUGGCUUUGAGAUCAUGGGGAUGAACACGGUGCAAAUGUACAUGAAGGUCCCCGGCGCAAGAACACCAGCUCACGUCGAGAACAACUGUUUCGCAUCUGUGAAUGUGAACAUUGGGCCCGGAGAUUGCGAAUGGUUCGCGGUUCCGUACGAAUAUUGGUCGGAGAUCAACCGGAUGUGCAAUGAGAGGAAGAUUGACUUUUUGCGGGAUUCCUGGUGGCCGGAUGUGAAGGAGCUGCUGAAGGCUGGAAUUCCGGUCUAUAGGUUCAUGCAAAAAGCCGGUGACGUGGUCUGGGUGGCUCCAGGCUGUGUCCACUGGGUACAAGCAACCGGAUGGUGCAACAACAUAGCAUGGAACGUCGGCCCUCUCACGGCCUUCCAAUUGGAUGUCUCCCUCGUCAGCUACGAAUGGAAUAAGCUAACGCAAUACAAUUCGUUGGUGCCGAUGCAACUCCUCUGCUGGCAGCUCGCCAAAAAUAUCCAAUUCACAAACCAAGCCGCUUGGUCGGUGAUUCGAGGUGUGCUGAUCCGAUCCCUUGCUUACUGCAAGAUGAUCGCGAAGUAUGUGGAAUCAUGUGGAAAGGUUAUCAAAUACCAACCGCGACAGCCAGACUCAAAGGGCCGGGAGCCGACUUGCGUUCUGUGUGAAGUCGAGGUCUUCAACAUUCUCUUCGUCAAACAAGAAAAUACCGACCGAUCCGAUGCUGCCUACUUCAACUAUUGCGUUAAUUGCGCGAGAAAGAAGAAGUUCCACAAGGACGAGUCUUUCUACGUUCUACAACAAAUCACUUUCGACGAACUGAUCGCGAUCUUUGACAAAUUCCAGCUAACUCCUAACUCCAGACGUCUCAACCUCGUCGCC